UAAAAAAUAAGCAAGAUGAACACAUUCAAUGCACCUACAACGCAAAUUAAUGCGAUUGAUAAAGUAACAACAGUGAAAUGCAAAUCCGUGGAUUUAGAAGGAUAUGUUAUUAUUGUUGUUCAAACUAAGGAUAAUAAAAUUAAAUUAUAUGGGUCACCAUCAGCGGGAAACUUCGACAACUUGGAGCUAGCUGACGAAAUAAUGGACGUCAACGAAACCAGGCUGGAAGACAUGUCUCGUACGGAGGUUUUGAGUCACAUUCAUGAGUGUAUAUCAUCGUGUGUUAUCAAACUACGAGUUAAGAGGAGGAGUGAAACGAAAUUGUUAUCAGAUAUCGGCCAUAACAUAAUCCAGGAUGCUUUCCUUAUUGCGGUUGAGGAGCAGGCUAGGCAGCGGCUACAGAGGCUGUCAGCUCUUAAACGGAUCACACCGGUUGAUAUGUCAAAACUCUCAUUAGAGUUGAACCGAAAAAAGCGUUCCCAAUCCGAGAGCAAAGAACUGAACGGGUACAUUGCCAACUCAUCAGUGUACGUAACUUCUAUUAACGAGAACGGGGCUAUAGAAAGUAAACCAGUAAUAUCAUCACCAAAAUCACAGCCAAAACCGCUCCAAGCGAAGCCAGCGCCGGUCAUAGCCAACGGGAUCCAGGAGAAAGAGGAGAAUGAGAAGGAUUUAAGUGAUAAAUGUGAUAGUGUAGUGUUAAGUGACGCGUUGAAUGUGGUCAGAGAGCAUUUGAGUAACGGCAGGUGUGAAAAACUUUUGGGUGAAUCGGUGAAUAGAACCACUGUACAGGAUAAGUUGACGCCUGGAGAAAAUCGACCGCGGCGCCGGUCGGGUUCCAGCAUCGUAGUGGUGGGAGCUGACGAGGAGAAGAGACCGCCGGAUGACGGGCCAGACAUGCUCACCAUGCUCUCACUGUCUUCAGAUACCGGACCUCACCGCGAGAUGGCGGUGGACGUACCGGACAGUUUCAUCGCGAGAAACAAAACACCUCCGCGCUACCCUCCACCAAGGCCCCCUCAGGUACGCGCCCGAACCAGGGACGAAGAACCUCUCCUAUCAUCAGGCGGUUCGGGAACAUCCUUCGGGAGCAAACAGAGCACCGUUCUCCAAAGCCUGAAUAUAUCAGGUCCGAGUUCUGACGGUUCCGGAAGCUUCAAGAACACAAUCGAGCUCCUUUCACUACCCCAAAGUUCAGAUUCACUCAGCUUCGGCAGCAAGAAGAGCAAGAACUCUUCCGAAACAACCAAAUGCGAUAUGCUAUCAGACAGAUCAGAGUCUGUAGCUUCCAACGCCACGCACAACCUGAGCGAUCACAAAAUUCAACUCUUGAUAUCCAACGGCGACGACUCUCUGUUGGAUUGCAGAGAAGGUGUGACCUAUUCUGCUAGAACGGAUUCGGUUCUGAUCAGAGAAGCCGUCUACGCAUCGUACAAGCUACCGCCAGGUUUCGAUACGACUCCAGUGUUGCUCGGAAGGGAAGUGGCAGUAGAUGUCCCGGACAGUUUUGUUCAGAUUGUGAAAACAACGCCAAAAUAUCCCCCAAGCGAUAGAAAGAGCGUGGCGUCACAGCAGAUGAAUGGCACAGCGAAGGGCAUCGCUCCAGCGGUACCACCCCGGGAGGUACCCAGGGAUGCACCCCCGAGGCCACCAGCUCAUGAUGUCACCAAAGAACAGAUGGAGUCUAUCAAGAAAUACCAGGAGCAACUCCGUCAACGUAAAGAAGCAGAAGAGAGGAUCGCAGCGCAAAAUGAAUUUCUGCGUACAUCACUACGGGGCUCGCACAAGUUGCAGGCGCUGGAGUCCAACCCGCCAAACACUACCUCUUUCGUCAACGAGGCAUAUGAGGAAGAUGAUGAACCGUCACAUCUUUACCAGCUUGUUGAUUACCAAGAAGUUUGUGCUGCACUAUCGAGGGUUCAGAAGGCGUUAGGGUCGAUUGGUGAAUCAGGUCUCGCAGCGAGAGUGGCUGGAGCAGCCAGUGCCUUAACCAGUCCAGGGCUACGCACUGCGCUUGCGACGCGAUCAGCUGUCCUCACCGCUGUUAGACAUAAAAGGCCUGCGCUCACGCCGCCUCAGACGCAGAGAGCUACAGAUCGAUUAAAAGAUUGUAUAGAUGUACUAGGAUCACAUACAGCGUCAGGUGGUGAGACGUCAGGCGUAGCAGCGGAACUGCUGUCAAUUCUGGGAGGGCUUGAGUUAGAAAACCUCUUGCAAGCGCACGACCAGGCUGCCGCCUUACUUGACCCCUCUUGCUUUGCGCGGGGCAAACGAAAUAAGACUGCAAACCACGUAACCGAGAACGACAAGUUCCAACCGACCAAUUCGCCGGACGACACCAGCGAUACUAUUAAGAUUAUUAAAAUUGAAAAGACUAAUGAACCACUUGGUGCUACAGUACGCAAUGAGGGUGAGGCAGUGAUAAUCGGGAGGAUAGUGCGGGGUGGGGCAGCUGAGAAGUCGGGGCUGCUGCACGAGGGAGAUGAGCUGCUGGAAGUGAACGGCGUGAGCAUGCGAGGCAAGUCAGUGCACGAGGUGUGCCAGCUGCUGGGCGGACUGGCGGGGACACUGUCCGUGGUGCUGGCGCCUCGCGCCCGCCCACGACCGCCGCCCGCCCAUCGGGUGCUGCACGUCAGGGCGCACUUCGACUACGACCCAGAAGACGACGUCUACAUCCCUUGUCGGGAGCUGGGCAUAAGUUUCCAAAAGGGCGACGUGUUGCACGUGAUCAGCCGCGAGGACCCCAACUGGUGGCAGGCCUUCCGAGAAGGGGAGGAGGACCAGACCCUUGCCGGGCUCAUUCCUAGUCAGGCUUUUCAGCAUCAGCGUGAAUCAAUGAAAUUGACCCUGGCGGGUGAAGUAGCGGCGAGGGAUAAGCCUCGCAAAGGAGGGACUUUGCUCUGUGCCAAAAAGCCGCCCAGGAAGAAGAAAGGCAAGAAAGCGACCAGCGAAGCCGGAUAUCCCGUUUAUUCCACUUCUGGUGGCGAUGAUUACGAGCAAGAAGAGAUCCUAACGUACGAAGAAGUGGGCCUGUACUACCCUCGGGCCUCCCACAAGCGGCCCAUCGUCCUCAUCGGGCCCCCGAACAUCGGGAGACACGAGUUGAGGCAACGUCUCAUGGAAGACACCGCCAGGUUCGCAGCGGCCGUGCCACAUACGUCGAGACCUCGCAAAGAUCACGAGGUGCCCGGGCAGGACUAUCAUUUCAUAUCCAGGACGCAGUUUGAGUCGGAUAUACUCAAUAGAAAAUUUGUGGAACACGGAGAGUACGAAAAGGCGUAUUAUGGUACAUCGCUAGAAGCCAUUCGGGAAGUGGUGAAUUCUGGGAAAAUCUGUGUUUUGAAUCUUCACCCUCAAUCUUUGAAGAUAUUACGAGGCUCGGACCUCAAGCCUUACACGGUGUUUGUGGCGCCGCCCAGCUUGGAGAAAUUGAGGCAGAAGAAAAUCAGAAAUGGCGAGGCUUAUAAGGAGGAGGAAUUGAAGGAAAUAAUCGCCACAGCCCGCGACAUGGAGCUUCGUUGGGGCCACCUCUUCGACAUGAUCAUCAUCAACAAUGACACUCAACGCGCCUACCAACAGCUCGUCAACGAAAUCAACAGCCUCGAAAGGGAGCCGCAGUGGGUUCCCGCCCAUUGGCUCAAGCACACCUAGCGAACGAUCAUCGCUCAUCGAUUAAAUCGAGUCGAAUCGACUAGUAAUCGAAUUCCGAUCCGAUCGAUCACGCCUGAUCGAAUUUUGAAUCGUUCCAGUCAGAUAUUUCACGACAAUCGGUCAUGGGUAACCGAGAGUCGAUGGCGUGUCCCCGAUGCGAGCGUCAAUGUCGUAGUCGAAUACGUUUUUAAGGCGAUCCUCUUAAUCGGAAUGAUUACGCGAAUGGUUCUACAUUUGCUGACGCGGACGGAAUACAGUUUGGAAUGUAGGCUCUAGUGCUAUUAGUUUGAAUAAAAAUUUUGUUAAAAUUAGACAUUUAUACCUACAGAUGGAUUUUAUGGCCCGGAUUUGACAUAACUAAUCGAAAACGACUAAUCGACGUCGCGUACUUUUCGUCGGCCAUGGAAUUCUUUACUAUAAAUAUAUAAAAAUUAUGUUACUUGUAUGGAAUUGUGAUACUAUUUAUUGUAUCGAAACCACAAUUUUUCCUGAAUUUUUAUUCUUUCUAGUGGUGACGUGUUCUUGUCCUUAGGGACGUUUCGUUGUUUAUUAGUUCAACAUGUUUUUUCAAAUCGUCGUACAUUCCUUAAAUAUGGCAAUGUUGAAUGGCAAUAACUUGGGUAUUUUCUCUGACAAACUCUCAGAACUGCCUUAAAAUUAAUAGUAUCUUAUAGUUGUUUGUGGAAUAGAGUUUUCAAGGAUCACUUAUUUCUAUAAAUUAUUUUGAAGUUAAUAGUCCAUUGUUACGCUUCUCAUUUUAAUAAUUAUUAUAGUCAGUAUCAGUAUAACUACAUUUUGCACGUUCGUGCUGAAUUUAAUCGUAAAUAAAAUUAAUUCGAUAAUUUUCUAUAUUCAUAUUUACGUUUUUGGUAAAAAUCAAUGUAAAUCAUAAAAUUAAACGAUUUAAAUUAAUAUAUUUUCACGUUACAAUUUUAAUAUUUAUCUAAUGUAUGACAAAACUCUAAAAUAACAAUAAUUAAACUAAAAAUAAUGAAUAAUUCGAUUCUUCCAAAAUUUGCAGUAGGUUUUAAAACAUAGUAACUUUUUGGAAAUUUUCUCCUGUAGUAACUUGGGGGGUUUGAUGGUAGAUUUUAAAUAUUUACAAAUAUUGGACAAUGUUUAAAAUCGGCUGUAAUAGUGAGUAGAAAGCAAUAUUUGAACCUUACAACGACAUAUCUGUUUUUAUAGUAUACCUAUACCUUUAAAGCCAUAGUUAUAACGGUAAUCAUUAAGCGAUUACGGUACCCUAUUGCAUUUUAAUCUACAUUGAAAUUUGGUAUUUUUUUAAUAUGACAACACAUACCCAAAUGUCAACCUUCACAAUUAUUGCUAAAAUGCCAAAUUUGUACAAUCAUUUUUCGAAUUAUGUAUGUUACAAAAUUGAAUGCCAUAAUUCCGUUGACGGAUUGUAUAUCCAAUGUUCAAAUAAACAAAUUAUUUGGAAAUUAUAAUUUGUAAAUGUACAUUCCAAAUAACUUUGUGCCAAAUACGAGACAUGUGUCUCAUUAAAAACAAUUUAUUUUUAAUAAUCACAAAUAUAAGGUUUAUAUUAAGCUGUGGCCCUCGUUGCAGUUAGCGUCAUGACUAUGAUAGAAAUACUGAAAUUUCAAACGAGCGCCCAGCCUUUUGUGUAUAUUUUGUAAUUUAUUAUAUUCUUCGAACCGAUAUGAAUAUCGAGUCAUUUAGAUUGAAGCGGUUUCAUUACUUAGUUAUAUUUCUGGUAGCCUGUGGAGGUGCUAUAUUCUAGGAUCUAUUUGUUAUCUGUAUAAUUUUCUGAAUCGGGUGUAUGCAUUUUAAUUUAUGUGUAAUCUGUUUUCCUCGUAUUUAUGCACGUAUUCAAAUGUGGUAUUGUCGAACUUCACAGUAUUGAUAACGUUAAUAUUAUUUAUAAAUAUUUCUGUAUAUAAAGUUUAUUGUUUACUGAUUGAUUAUGAAAUUAUUAUAAAUACCAUGUUAAUAGAGAACAAUUUAAUGUAAAUAAUAGAGUAUACCUAUUA